UACAUUCAAGGGGCGGUCUUUCAAGCUGGGAAGGUAAAUAUUACCGACACUUCCCAAAACAACCAUGGUUGCCAAGCCGUUUCUUUCGAAACUCGAUUCCAGGGUUCGGGAGAUGUAAAGGUGUUCGCCACGCUCAGUCACGGAAACAAAUAUAUUAAAAUCCACGACCCAGCGUCUCUUUGGGUGAAGUCGGUGUCAACAACAGGUUUUGAACCUUGCGUGCGCGAAGCAGGAAGUGGCUCUGGUGGAACGUCUGUGAUCAACUGGCUUGCAUUUCAAGGUUCGCAUCAAGGCAUACACUCAGGGAUCGUGGAAUUCAAUGAAUUCACGUCACGAACACAGUGCAAGAAGAUAUCGCUAAGCAUUCAGAAACAGGUAACUUCGCAACGUCAUCCAAUUCAUUCAUUUAGUCUUCCAUGUUAGUUUUAAAGUCAAUACCCACGAAAAACUCAUAACUCAACUUCGACCUUAAGGGAAAAAAAUAACGAAAACGCGCGUGACUUCGCAUCAGUAAAAUUAAAAAAAAAAUGGCCUUGUUUUGUAAAUUGUUUAAAUACUAUGCCUGCAAAAAUCACCAAAAAAUGUAAUGGUUAUAGUGCUCCAUGAUGAAAGUUGUUUGAUAUCUUCGUCAUGGCUCUGCAGGAACAUUUAAUGCAUGGAUAAAUGGACACAGUGAUUACUUCAGCACAGAAUUGCGAAGUGGCCUAAAGCAGCAAUAUCAUCGUGGCAUAUCCCCUUUAACAAGAAAAGGGCUUAGCACUAUAUGAAUCGUCCGUUUUUUUUCCUAUGUUUUGUUUGCUGUUCAAGAAUCUCCUCCUAAUACUCUGGCAAAUCGCCGCAUGCAAAACCGAGUAACUGUUCAAAGCCGAAAUGAAGUCGAUACUUGAUUAUUUUCCCAAUCAACAAUUGUUGUGAAGCUAUAAUGGCCAUGAGAUUGUCAUAACGUCAGUCCAUAACGUUAAGCAGUGUUAAUCCGGUCCUCUUCGGGGCAAAGGACGAUUAUCAUAUUUAAGCUCAGUAUGUACAUAUGUACUUAUUGGGUGAUUUUUUCUCUUCUUUUAGAUAAAACCUCAAGUGUUUGUAACCGUUCAACAUAAACAUUCUAACCGUCCUUUUGAUUCCAUGAACGUCUGGCUCGAAGAGGUCGAAGCAGACGGCUUCGUUGUUUGCUUGAGAGAGUUUAUGAGUUUCGACGGUAUCCAUACCGGACUUAAAGUGGUGAGUUUUCAAAAAAUUAGCCCAGUCUUCGACUAUUACGUUUUUAUUCGUCCUUAAUUGUUAUCAAUUAAAUUUAAAGUUAAAUCUGAUUGUAUGGAAGCUAAUUAAAAACCUGGUGGUUAAAUUGGCCUCCCCUUUUAUAUUACGUAAAAAUCAUAUUAGAAGAAUUAUUGUUAUACCUAACCCAUAAAUGUUUUAAAACCGUAAAACUCUGAAUUUGCUUUGCAAAGACAGCCUGACGAAAGGGGUGGAGGGGUGGACUGGAAGUGAAAAAGGGGGGAGGGGGGCGCUGAUCAGGGAGCGGGGUUGUCCUUUCAAAGAACGGCUUUUCAGCCUUAACAAAAUAUCGCCCCUGCUGCGCAUGUGCAGCAGGCGUUUUGAAAAGAAAGAAAGUUUUCUUGUAGUCGCGCAUAUAAACUACCCUCGUCAUUUCCCUAAUACAUUCUGAGAUGAAACUUUAGGGUUCACUUUAGGGUUCACUUCAGCCCGGUGCCGUUGGCUUUGAGGCCUCCUAACACUUUAAUGUUGAAUAAAAUUAAAACCGUUCAAGCUAGGACCAUCAAACUUGGCGACUCUUGCUAAUUUUUUCUAGAUUUACUAUUAAUGAAUUAUUAUAUCACACUUAAUUUAGCAUUAUUUACGUAGCUGUUAAUAUGAUCUAGGCUUUUAGUGACUAGUUUGGAAACAUUAAUUGAAUUUAAAAUGGCCAACUAGCAGGAAUAAAUGGAAUUAAUUUAAAUAAUUCAAAAUGGCACAUCCAAAAAGGCAUAUGGUCUCAAUAAGAAAUGACGUCAUCAUGUUGUCACUUCCGUUGUUAAAGAUGAUCAAAUUGUCAACCAUCAUCAUGAUUUUAAGUAAUUUAAUUAUUUUUGCUUAAUGGCUACAGAAACAAUUGAUAAGCUAUGGGUUAAGACAAUAAAUGCAACAAGGCGACAUUAGUUACGUCAAAUUACGUUAUUGUGUCAAUCACAUUACUCGUACUUGUUGGAAUGAUGAUUACACUAUUUUGUGUAAAUUUAGUGGCUGUAUCAUGAGUGGUUAUAAACUUCUCUAAGGGGCCUUCCCCCUCCAAUUCCCAGGGAGCUCAAAAACGCCCGAUCCGAAUAGUGUUAAAUAUAGGUCAUGGUAUUUUGCUUCUUUCUUAGACUGCAGAUACGAAUUUUUGUCAGGGUUCCCACCGUCAGGUUAAGUUUUCUUAAAAACCCAGAAGGAAAGACGUUUAAUGCUGUGACUGUUACUUGCGUCCACCUUUUCAGAACUGGCUUGCUUAUGAUUUGCUACCUGAGGCUUGGAAUUUUACUGAGCAAGGAAGGCUUCAUUUUUCUGGACUUGGUGCACCAAAGAAAGAGAGCAAUUAUGCCUUUUGUCAGGUUGGAAAUAUCACGUUUAUUAAUGAUACAUUCAAUUUUUUAUUGACUUAACCCUCGGACGUACAAGGGGGGGAUGGAUACCACCCACCCAUAUGGUUUUUCUGAGUUUUUUCCCAGAGGAUAAAAUGUCAGUACCAGACGUUUUCAGUUCGUUAAUCCCACGCGUACAUUUUGAGACAAGUUUAGUGAUGGUGAGUAGCUAUGGUUACGAUAUAUGACGUCAGAAGUAGCGGGCGGUCAAGCCAAUUUUGGGUGAAAAUACAUGUUUUUUCAACUUCUUUCAACAAUAAAAGUAAAUAUUGUGGCUAAAAUCAUACAAAGUGCUUGUUUGUGUUAUUUGUCAUUUAAAGCACAAAAAAUUACCAUUUCUCGCAGUUUUAACCAGAUUUCUAAUUCUUGGUAAACUCCAAGAUGGCGACCAUUGUUGGUGACGUCACAGGCCUUCAGCAGCGCCACCAGCCCUUAAAUAUACCUCAUCUUGUUAAGAAGAUGAAAGGCUUUCCACUAAAGAUAAAAUGGUUUCAAAAUACUGAAACAUAUCAAAAACACCGGGAGGGUUCCAUCCCCCCCCCCUUUGUACCUGAAUUUGCAUGUACGUCCGAGGGUUAACUUACAAACUCAAGCCUUUAAACCAACGUGGUUAACAAUCAACGUUUGUGUUUUGUAUUUCUCAUUUCUUUGACACUGUAGCAUCGGCGUAUUGUGCAUUUUUGAAAUAAGAAUUUAAGUCCAACAAGAGAUAAGACCUUCUUGAUCAUCAAUGCGUUGUUCACAAGAGUUGUGUUUUAGAUUUGUUGACUGCAACGUGUUCAGGAGGUGCAUCCACUAUUAGAUAUAUUUUAUAGACUUAGAGUUUGCCUAAUCAUUUUCUUAAUGAAGUGGGACAAUAUCACUUUCUUCAAAAGGAUCAAAGAGGCAAUAUUUCUUUAAACAGUCAGGGAAAAUUAUUGUGUUUGGUAUAUCAUGAUUUAUAGGAUUAUAAGUUUGAGAAUCCAUUCUACGAGCCGCCCAAUAUUCUGGCAUCUGUCGGCCAUGAAAAUGUCACCAGGGAACUGUCAAUGAAGGCAGAUGGUCGCUAUAGCAACGCUUUGACUGUCUGGAUUGAGGUGAGUAGCUUUGAAGACACAUAAUAGAUUGAAGCUGUUUCAAAGAUUUGCUGAUUAAAAUAGCUACCUUCGCUAAAGAGUAAAGCACUUAUAACUAAAGAAGAAGUUCGAAGUGGCACUUAACACUUUACGGCAAAUUCAGGCAAUAACUUGAAUCAUCAAGCUGAUUGUCAUUUCCCGUACUCAUUUUCACUUGAUGAUUCUUUUUAACGGAGGCUCUAUGGGUUCAUGGUUUAAAAACGGUCACAUCUGUAGAUUGUAAUUGGUUGAUUACGAUCCAUUCUUUUUUUAUUAUUAUUAUUUAUUUCCGUGGUGAUUAUGACUGAAAACUAACUUUCUCGGAAUGUAUUGUUCUUUUCAUGUAAUCCGAUUGGUCAACUUUGUCUAGAUGGCCUCGGUUAUAGUAGUCACACUGCAACAGACAGCAGCGUCCAUUAUAUAACCGUGAGAACUGUACGUCCGUUUAAACGAUUCAAAGUUGCUCUUGUUCUUAUUGCCUAACUGGACGCCCCUGUCUAAAAGCUAACAGGUCAAUACAAGCUUUUUAUUUAUUGGUAUAUUUGAUGUUGUAUUCCAGGAGAUCACUCGUUUGUCUUUCAAAGUGUGCAUCAAAGACAGUCAGGGAAUGAGCAAGUCUCACGAUCCAGUUACAGUGGACUAUGCUAUAGUGGGAGGUACAUUACUCUUAUAUUUGCUUAUUCUUUAAAUUCAAAGAUUUGUCUCUCAUAUUGAUUCGCCCUACUGUCAAGGAAUUUGGCCGUUGGGUCAAACGUCGAAUUGAAGAAAUGAAUUCGAAUAAGAAUAAAAAACUAUGAUCAAAUGUCGAAGAAAGAAGUUAUAAAAAAAUGACGUUUAAAUAAGGACAGCAUCGUAUUGAUCGCCUUUUCAAACGCUUUAAUAAUUUGUAGAAAAAGUAACUCCCCAUUUCCUGUCUUUUUUGCCAUCGAUUUUCUUCACAGGAAAAACAAAGCAAAAUUUAAAAAAAUUAAAAAGCAGUUGCGCUCUCAAAGGAUGUAGGACGUCAGGUCAAUUUGCUAUUCAUACAAGUGCUGAUUUUCUUGUUGUUUUUUUACCCUAAAGAUAUAGACCCGUGCACAAACGUUACUUGCGAUUACCAUGCCAUCUGCAAAGCUUUCUCUGCAUUUGAUGCCCGUUGUGUUUGUGAUGACAACUGCCCAUCGUACGAGGAGCCAGUGUGUUCAUCCAACUCGACAACAUUUAAGAACAAGUGCUUUUGUCUGCUGGACAUUUGCAGGCGCAAGAGUAACCACACUCUCUAUCAUCCCGGUAGCUGUACAGGUAAGAGAGCGGAUUAUAAGGUUUUUUUAAAACCACCUUAACCAGCGUAUGUAGAGCUCUAGUGUUAUGAGAUAUGGUACGGCUGAUUACUUAUAACAUCACUCAAUUUGGCGGCCAUCUUGGGCGCCAUCUUGGAAUUCCGUUUCAUGCACAUGGCAUUUUCCGUGCAUCUGUAGGUCCAAAAUUGAUCAUGAUUAAAUACUAUUUUGCUUAUUUUGGUACUGUUUUGAACGCAAUAAAGUGCCAAUUAUAUAGUGCCACUAUAUGAUUGUGUAAUUGUACAAUCAGCUUUUAAAUUACUUCCUCGCAUAUAGAAAGGAUUUUAUACCUUUUUUUUCUCAUCCUCAUCAGGUAUUUGUAGGAUGCAUCUUUUUUUUUGUCUUUAUGUUAACUUUAUGGCUGUUGUUGUUUUUUUGUUUGUUUGUUUGUUGUUUAUCGCUUUCAGCUCUAAUUAGCUUUGUUUUUCUUCUAUGUUGUAUCUUCUUUUUCUUGUUGUUCCUCGACAGGUUUUCCUGUUCAGACUGGGCGAGUUUCACUGAGGAGACAUGUACAGUGGGCAGAGACGGCCUGUGAAGUAGUGAAAUUUCCACCGUUUUCAUUCUAUCCGGACAAAGAAGUGCACGUACAAAUAACGACCAAUCACUGGAACAUAAGCGAGAAAAAUUUUGUACAUGAUGCUACUGUGUCCUGGGUGGAAACUGUUAACUUCGAGAAUUUUGAGGUGAAUAUUUUAAAAGGAAGUGUUCAAUUCAAGUAUUACUUCAAGUAGUAAUUAGUGAGCCUUUGUUCAUUUGUCUUACAUCUCCAAGAACUCUUGCUUACCUGUCAUAUUUCUGGCCGGUAAAAUACUAUUUAAACAUAUUUUAUUUUCACAACGAGUUACUAGCGGAGUUUUCGCGUGUUGCGUGCGCAGAGGAACACUAUGGGUAGAAAAUUUGGUUAUCUAUGUAUCCAAGAAAUUUUGGUUACUAACAAAAUCGUGCGUACGUACGUAGGACCGCGUCUUCAUGUUAACGGAUGUAAAAUGUCUUACUAGCUGUAAGUCUAAAACAUAUACAAAUUGUGUUUAACUCGAUUUUGGACAUCCAUGUUAUAAUCAAUUGACAGCUGUCAAAGUAGGGCAUCCGCAGACCAGAGUCACAUGACUUUAUCGUGGGCUCAGGUGUGCAACUUAUUGAGAUGACGGGUUUUUUAAAGUUCUCCGCUGACCAGUAACAGAAUUCAAGAGUUCGCAGGCUUAGAAAACUUUACUACAGGAAGUAAGUUACCACGAGAGUUUCGCUUUUGGCCUUGGCUAAAUCUAUAUAUUAUCUUACCAUAUAAAAUAAACAUUAGCCAUUACAUUUUAUCUUUAGGUGUGCGUGACUGCAGCAGGAAGAAAUGAUCGCUUUAUCAAAGAAUUUGCCACGGUGGACUGGAUGGCCUACCAAGGUGCUCCUGAUGGAGGUGUGGCGGGUAAAAUGCGCAUUCCAGAAUGGUGGACUGGAUCACAGUGCUCAAAAGUCAGCCUUCCUCAGGCAAUAACAAUUUAUUGUUACCUCUCAGCUGCAUCUUGUUUCGUUGCAUAAACCAUAAAAAAUAAUGACCUUUAAUUAAGUUUUCAAUAAGGUGAACAUUUGAUAUGCUGAUGUCAUAAGUACUAAACCCUCCAGUUGUUAUCCAAUCAAAGAUAUUGUACUUGGACUUGGAGACAUGAGCUGCAAAGAGGCAGCCCAGUUCUGUCCGCGAAAUUCGUUCUGACACAUAGGCCAACGUUUUUCAAUUCUUACACUAUUUGUCAGAGGGGGGAGAUAUUCUUAAAAAAAGCAUUAUUUGAUACAAAAAAAUAUAGGAGAAAGAAACUUGUACGGUCUAGGGCUAAAUUUGACAGUCGCGUUCAGACACCUGACCACGAUCCAAUGUCCUAUGAGCGUCCCGAUCAUGUGAAAUGUCAUUUAUUCCAAAUUUUACAUGCUAUUCUCCCAAACUUAUACUUAAUGAUUACCAAUUCAACUUUCUUACUGUUAUGAAUGGUUUUUUUAACAGGGGAAAUUUGCGUCUACACCAACGGUCCUGGUUACAGCAGAACAUAUAAGUGCAGACUUUAAGCAUGAUGCCGCAAGUUUGUGGGUGGAAAACGCAACCAGUUCCUCCUUUUACAUUUGUCUUCGAGAACUACAGAAUUAUGAUGGUCUACAUGAAGAUAUCUUUGUGGUAUAUGUUUUCUCCUUUAUAAAUAUAUCUGUCUGGCGUUUGCUAAAUCUUGGCUAAAGAAAUUUCAAGUGCAUUUUAACAAUUUGAUAUCUAAGUCGAAUGGAAAGUAGUUACAAAAUACCAGCUGACAACUUUAUUGCUGGCAGCAGACGGUGAAUUUUUCUCCCAGAAGAAACAGGAUUUUGGGAUAAAAUAAACAACAUCUGAAACGUCCAGAAAUUAUAACCUUUUAGUCAGCCAAACCAUGAGGCCCCAUAGGCAAGUGUCUGCCGAAAACAGAUUAAGAAGCCACAAUAUUUGAGCACAGAAUAGGCUUUCUAAGACAAAAUCACCUAAACUAAAUACUUGUGAAGCGUUUCUUUUUAUGCUUGAUACCGUAACCUGGUAACACGAGCUCAAGCACAUACCUCAAUUUUGUUUGUCAACGCUUUCGGUAAAUCACACAAUAUUAAUUUCGUGGCAAUCACAGAACUUCCAAAAAACCACUCGUAAUAUUUCCACAUUUAACACGGGCGAAAUUACUCGUCAAAUUACUCGGAAAAACUGUCGCAUUCUGCACAUAAAUCGUCGAUUGAAACUUUUCUCGAGUCACACAGUCGAUUUAUUCAAGAUCCUGGAUGUAAACCGGCGGUUGAAAAGGAGACAUGGAGCCCCCGCCUUCCAAACAAUUUUUUGACGAAGACGUCUUUGGCCUGGUCAGAGAUCAGCAUCAAUUUCCAUCUCGCCGGAUAAAUUUCACCCCUAGAACCUACUUUGUGGGGCCAAAGACUUUCUGCUGCCAACAACAAAGCUCGCAAUAUCCAAUCUUUCCUUCUCAAACCUGGGAUCAGUCUUUCAUCCGUGUAGCUAAAUGAGACGAAAUACGAGAAGACGUAGCAGACUUAAUCGUGAGACUUAUUCCUUCGUAAGGUUUCAUGAUGCCUUCCGGAAAGCUUUGCUUAAGGCAGCCACAAAAAACUCUAAGAAUGCUCACUAAGAGAGCCGUGUUCAAUCUAAAACGCGCCCUGAUUUCAAACUGGCAUACAGAGAGAAUUAUAUAGGAAGUUAUGAAAGGCCUUUUUUUAGGGGGGGAGGUUGUAGGUUAAUAGCCAUUGAGAAACUCGUGACAGUCUAUCUAAUGCAGCACAUUAUUCAGCCAACAAAUUCAACAAUAUGACGUUGUAAUGACGUCAAAUAACGUCAUUGUGACAAUCAAAUUAUGCCUAGACGUUGGAAAAUAUUUUAUUCUGUGUAAUUUUGGUGGCCGUAUCAUUACAGGUUUUAAAGUUAUAGAGGGGAGCCUCGAAAGCCAACCCACCCCGCUCGCAGGGAGCAAAAAAAAAAACGGUCUGAAUAGGGUCAAUGAUAAUAUGCGUGAAAUGAGCUCUCGCAGGCAUUGUGGAUACAAGUUACAAAUCGUUUUUCAGGCACAUGGCUCAAAUAUUUUUACACGGGAUUUAGGUAUGAGAUAGCAAUCCACUUUUCAUUGCUAUCCCUCUUUUUAGAGUUGGAUGGCCUUUGAAACAAUCCACAGGCCCCUUUUCGCUGAGAGCAAACACGUGGAUUUUCCAAACAACAAUUCCGUUUCUACAAGCUACAAUGGUGCAUUUUGCAAGGUAAGACGCAACUUUACUUUUAAGCAGAAGAAAGCUCUUUAUCUUUUUAGAUGGAACAGUAGACUUGCUACAAGUCCACCUCUCGGCGAGGCCGCGAAGCGGCCUACUGAGCGACAAAGUCGCGAGAGAUCGACCUUCAUCCCGCGCCAUAUUAAAUCCGACGAACGACUUUUUUGAAAGUGUAAUGGAACAGCAGAGAAAAGCAGCUAUCAAAUAAGUACAUUUAGGCAUUUUAAAUCAUCUUUGCGGCUGUAAAAACUCCAGAUUUUAUCCCAACUUAAUAAAUAGGAGUAAAAACGAAGAAAGUCGACCAUGAUUAAUCUCACAUCUAGUUGCCAUAUCAUGUCAUCAUGAUCUUUCAAAAGAAAAGAGAUGAAAGGAACUUGUUUUAUGAACGUUCAUCACCUAUGAUAUGACUAUGCGUUGAUCAGGAAUGGAUGGUGUUUCAAAUUUUAUAUCAACAGCCUUCUUUUUAUGUCCUUAGGACGUCCCAUUUGCAAAGAAUUACGACAAAGAACCCAUAGUAUUGAUAGCAGCCGGUCACAACUCAGAGGGCAACAAUUUGAAGCCAAUAUACAUGUCCGUGACCCCAUGGAUUGAGGUAUUCUCAAAUUAUUUAACUAAUACACAACACAAUUUCUUCAAAAUAAGUAACAUCAAGCUGACAGGGUUGAUAGGGAAUGCUCAAAUGAGCUAAAUUUCACCAAGGUCUGUUCAUGCAAUCUGUUUAUCAGUGACAGUCGCGCAGCGAAACAUUCCAUCUAUUUGUCUAUCUGUUAUUCAAGGUCAGUUUCCCAUGUUCUUUUUUUGUUUAGAUAGGGAAAUGACUCAGUUACAGGCUGUUAAGCGAAAGUCUCUUUAAGUUGAGCUAUUACUGUUCUUCUAAGGUAAAUAUGAUUAUGAUGAUAUGCUUAUUUUACAGCAUAUCAAGACCAGCGAAUUUCGCAUUUGUCUCAAGGAGUUGUUCGCUGACCAGCAUGAUCCUGUGACUGUCUCCUACACAGUACUAGCAGGUUGGUAAAUAAUAAAAACAAAUUUAAUAAUUUCUUUGCGAAGACCUUCUCUUGCCGCCCAGCAAUUGUUAGAUGGAACGAACCAUACGCCAAUUUGGGUUGACCAUACUCACGUUAAGAUCUCGUCUAGAUCUGCUGGGUCAGACGUCGAUCUUUAUAUAUAGGACGCAUCGAGCCAAUCAUGUGAAUCAGAUCAGUAACAAAAUUAUUUUCCCCCGAACGAUUUUAUAUACAUUAUGCAACAAUUUUUUAAAUUUAUUAGUUUAGUUCAGGGCAUGUGAAGAUCGACGUUUGUACCGGAGACGAUCUUCGGACGCUCUGCCCGUCUGAACAUGUUGGACGAUCCAAACUCAUUCAGACUAUCUUAACUGAGCCAAAAGUAAAACGUUUAAUAAACUUAACUCACUAAGUUUGGUUCGUCUCAUGAAAAGUUCGACGUCUGGCCUAUAUGCCUUAUUUUCUCUUCGUUUUGCACUAUUUACUUCACACAAAUUUUUUUGUAAUAUUGCAGAUGUAUGCAAACCGGGCUGGUCAUAUUUUAAUGGUAUUUGCUACGCGACAAGCCAUUCAUGCAAGAAUUGGACCGAAGCAGAGAAAAUCUGCCAGGCAUACAGCGCCAACCUCAUCACCGUACGGAAUCAAGAAGAAAACGUUUAUAUUCAGCAUCGGCUGAAUGGUGCUAAGGGCUGGAUUGGUCUAAACGAUAGGGUCACAGAGGGAAAUUUCACCUGGGCAGAUAAUCAAACCAAUAAUUUCACAUACUGGGCGAAAAACCAACCAAACAACUUCAACAAUGAAGAUUGCGUUCACACAUUAGGAGUCAGACAUAGUUUUAAGUGGAAUGAUGUGAGGUGUGAUACAUGCCAUAACUAUACCUGCUCAGAAGGUUUGUGGGUGACUUACCUCUCUUCUAUA